AUGACAAAAUUAGCUGAACAACAUCGAUGCGAUCAACCAUUUGAUAUCUAUACUCUUUUUAAAUGUUUUACAAUGGAUACAAUUUGGUCAUGUGGAUUCGGUCUAGAUACUGACAUGCAGAAUAAUCCGAAUGAUCCGCAUUUGGUUCAAUCACAACGAGUCGCAGCCGAAGAGAGUAAUAUUACGCCUCUCCUCAUUUUAUUUCUUUUCGUUCCUGAACUCAAAUGGCUCUGGAAUGGACUUCAUCAAUGUGAUAGUUCUAUUCGAUAUUGGUUAACUAACUAUCUACCUAUAACACGACGAUUUAUCAGUGAUGAACCCUUGAUGUGGAUCGAGAAACAAGCUGAACACUUGGUCAAGAAACGUGUCAAAUUAGGCUAUACAAAACGAAUGGAUCUAUUGCAAUUGAUGCUCGAAUCAGCCUCGGACGAUGAUUUCAUUCAAGACCAACCAACGUCAGCCGUUGCCAAUACUGAAACGACCACUGAGACACCACUUGUUCGGAAACUAAUCAAACAUGAAAUUGUUGCAAAUAUUGCUCUCUUCAUGAUUGCUGGCUAUGAAACGACGAGUACGGCGCUGAGCUAUAUUGCUUAUGUUCUGGCUACUCAUCCAAAUGAACAACGAAAAUUACAAGAACAUAUCGAUGCUCAUUUUGAGUCGAAUACCGAACAGGACAUACCGAGCUACGAAUCGAUUACUGAAAUGGACUAUUUGGAUAUGUUCAUUCGAGAAACUCUUCGUAUGUAUCCAAUCGUACAGAACAUUAUCAAUCGACAGAAUAGUGAAGAGUUUCACAUUGAAAACGUUGGAACUAUUCCAGUUGGUACCAUUACCACUGGCAGUAUUUAUGAUUUACAUUUUAAUUCGGAUCUUUGGGGUCCAGUCGAUCCACACAUAUUCUAUCCAGAACGAUUUGCUACGAAACGACAUCCAUUAGCCUGGGUUCCAUUUGGUGCUGGACCGCGAAAUUGUGUGGGAAUGCGAUUUGCAUUGUUGGAAAUCAAAGAAUUACUUGUUCGCCUUCUUAAAAUCUAUUCAAUUGUCGAUUGUGGUGAACAAACACAUAAUUCGAUCAACGAACUUACAGAAACUUUUGUUAUUUUCCCUAAAAAGAUUAUUGUUCGCUUGCAGCGCCGAGAUGAAGACGCAUAA